AUGCCUACCACCGUGAAAGGUCUUGCAAGAUCUCACGACGGUCUCGACUAUGAGGCUGACCCGGUUGCGGAAAUGACCUCCUAUUCUCGAAUGAUGCAUCUGCACACCAAAAAACAAAUGGAUGCCGUAGCGCGUUCAGCCCGACGACGAAGUUCCCCGUCCGGCGUUGACGCCCACGCACAAACGGGCCUUUCCAAGCAGACUACCCACAGCAGCACGUCUUCAGCAUCAUCCCUAUGA